GACGCGCUGCGCUGAGGUGCGGUGAGGUGCGGGGAGGAUGAGGACGGUGAGCGUGCUCCUCGCUGGGCUCUGUGCGCUCGCCUGCGUCCACCACAGCAGCGCUCUGUCCACAUGCCGGCCGCUGGACGGGGACCUGAUGAGGAGGAAGCGGAUCGAGGCCAUCAGGGGUCAGAUCCUCAGCAAGCUGCGCCUGCCCAAGGAGCCGGAGCUGGAGUCGGACGAGGAGGACGAGCAGGCGCCGCCCACUCUGCUGUCCGUCUACAACAGCACCGUCCAGCUGGGCCACGAGCUCACGCAGCAUGCCGCCGCCGCCUGGACACACGACGAGGACGAGGGGACCUACUACGCCAAGGAGGUGCACAAGUUCACCAUGCAGCAGCGGGAGAACAGUACGAAGCACCAGCUGCUGUUCAACCUGACGCAGAUGCGGGCCAGCUUGGGGCCGGACCUGCUCUCCCGGGCGGAGCUGCGGCUGCAGAUCAAGAGUCCGCUCAUGCCCAACGGGACGGAGCAGAGGCUGGAGUUGUACCGGGGCACGGGGCAGCAGAGCCGCUACCUGGGCUCACGCUUCGUGUCCAGGGACCUGGCCGACCGCUGGCUCUCUUUUGACGUGACACAAACGCUGAGAGACUGGCUUCAGGGACCAGAUGUGGAACAAGGCUUCCAGUUGAAAGUGCACUGUGACUGUGGUGAAAAAAGGAAGGACUUCCUGUUCUCCAUAUCCGGCAUGGCCAAACUCAGAGGUGACACAGGCGCUCUCGCAAUGUAUAUGCAGAAGCCUCACAUCUUAGUGAUGUCACUUCCUGUGGAAAAUAAGGAUGACCAGCAUUCCCGCAGGAAGCGUCAAACUUCAACUGCUGAAACAUGCUCAGAAAAGUCAGAGAACUGCUGCGUAAGACAGUUGUACAUUGAUUUCCGUAAAGAUCUCGGGUGGAAAUGGAUUCAUGAGCCCUCUGGUUACCACGCCAACUACUGCAUAGGCUCCUGUUCCUAUGUGUGGAACACGGAAAACAAAUACGCUCAGGUAUUGUCCCUGUAUAAGCACCAUAAUCCAGGAGCGUCGGCCCAACCCUGCUGUGUUCCGCACGUCAUGGACCCUCUUCCCAUUCUCUACUAUGUGGGUAGACAACAUAAGGUGGAGCAGCUGUCCAAUAUGAUCGUCCGCACCUGCAAAUGCAGCUGAGGAGAUACUGUGCCACUAUAUGCAGAUGACAUCGUGUUUUACCACCUCUUUAUGUACUACCUACUUUGUGAGAUUUAGAAGAUCUUACAGACACAGUUAUACUGUCAACCACCAACAUUUAUGCAGCCAUCACACAAUUAUUGUUCUUCAUGGUGUAUUCGCACAAUGCUGCAGACAUCCACUGGCUCACAGUCUUAUUUUCUCUGUUUAUUAAAAAAGGGUUUUUAUUCUGUAGAAGGCAUUAAACUCUCCACCUCUUCUCAGAGCCAUAACACUUGACAUUUGACAGGAAAGUAUCUGAAAAGACUGGUGGGGGUUUACCACUGAAGAGAGUGUGCAGUAUAAAAGACUAUGAUAUAACAUCUGGUUUUAAUUUAUGUUUUAAAUUGUGCUUUUAUAGUCCUUUACAUCGUAUGUUUCAGAGUUGUGUCAUAUCCAUGAACGUAAUGCAUUCACUUAUAAGCGACUGAAAAUGUCUGAACGGCUGAUUUAUGAGUGAACAGUGCCACCUCCAGUUGAAAAUAUGUAGUGCAUUAACCUGAAAGUCCAGUAUAACAUCCUUCAAGAUCAACUUCUCAUACAUUUCUAAAUUAUCUCUAAAUAGAAACAGUGUAUCACAGUAAAUUACUAUUAUAUUGUCACAUUAUUAUUCUUACAAAACACCUCAAUUUUUAUUAUUCUUACAAAACACCUCAAUUUUUUUUUUGCAUGAUGGAGAUGUACAAAUUGCACAUCAGAGAUGCACAGUUGAGUCUGAAUGUCCAAAUAAACCAACACUUUGUGAAUUCU